UUAACGAUUUGACGUUAUCCCGAACGUAAGAACAAAAUGAGAGGUAGUACACUCUUUUUGGUGGUAUUUUGCUCAGUGGGAUAUUCUAAGGCUUUGGAGUGUGGAAUCGGCAAAGUUAACAGUGAGGAUGUCAAGAAAACCUUAAGUACGUGCAUAAAGAACAACGCGACUUUAGAGAAGAUAUGGGAAAUGGCGUCGUCUUCAGCGACGCCGGCUUCAGACUCGUCAGAGUCUUCGUCUAUGGAAGAUGACCAGCCUCAGACUCAGAGCGCUAAGUUGACUAGGGUAGUGAAGAGGGCUUCGAACGUUCAACCAAAAACAGUUCCACCCCCAACUGAAGAACAAAACGACAAAUCUACCGUUCAACCAGAUGAGUCCACCACCCCCAGCAAUUCGGAAUUUGGAGACACCUGUAUCGUGCAGUGUGUAUUUAAACAAUUGGGAAUGACGGAUGAUAACGGACUCCCGGACCAUUCCAAAAUUGUCGAGGGACUACUCAAAAAUGUAACGGAACGUGAGCUCAGUAUAUUUUUACAAGAAGCCGCCGGCGAUUGUUUUCAGCAGAUGGAUCAGGAUAAGAACAUGGAUUCUUGUGCAUAUUCCACUCAGUUGGUGAGUUGUCUAGCAAACAAGGGUAGAAUGAACUGUGAGGACUGGCCAGCGGGAAACCUGCCCUUCUAAGAUGUAGAAAUCUAAAUUACGAAAGUGUGAUAGUUGUGAAUAAAGUAUUAUUUAUAGUUA